CAGAUGAAACCCCUAAAUUCACAAAGUCUCUCUCAUCAGCAUCCGCAGCGAUGAUCUCCGUCGAAAGCAUGAGCAUAAAAUUCCCAGCUUCCUCCGAAGAUACGUUCGGGAUUAGCACACUUGCGAUGUUGGACAUGGAGGAUUUCGAAAUUCCUGAUCCUCCAAGUUCGAUUGAAGGGAAAAUCAGAGAAUAUCUUGCCAUGGAAGGUUAUCUUCCGCUGGAGUUAACAAUGAAGUGUGUUUGUGCUGAUGAGAAUAACUUCACGGAGGAAUCGUGGAUGGCAUUUGAGGAAGCCAGAAUUUACCCCUUUUUAACACUCGAAGAUGAUGAACUUUCGAGGCUUAGCAUGAUACUAGUGGACAGCCUUUUCUGGGCAGACACCGAAGGUGAAGGAGUUAAUGUGCUGAUAAUCUCCAAACACAUCCAGAAACAUCCCCUUUUCUCCAAAUUUCGUCUUCUUUUGGAAGAAAGAGGUGGUCAUGUUGCCGUUGCACCGCCUGAAACCGUCCUAAACUUAGACGUUGACGAAGCCAAAAUCAUGUCUAACUAUCGUCGAAGUAGUGCGUCCUUUGUUACAUAUUAUGAGUUUGAAGACAACCGCGAUUACUCUAAGUUGUUUGACUCCCCACCCUCCGGGUUGUCGGAUCCUUUGGAGGAUGAGUCGGAUCUUUUGGAGGAUGGUGAAUUGUUGAGCGUCUCCAGUUUGUCGGAUCCUUUGGAGGAUGAGUUGGAUCUUGAUGGUGAAUUCUUGGCGGUGUGUCUUCGCUUGAAAUGGACAAGGGAAAAGGAGUCGAAACGCGGCUAUAAAGCAAAAGAAUAGGUGUGUAAAGAUGAGGUGGUAAUAGAGGUGGGCGUGGCCGUGGCUAGUUUGCUCCUUUUAAUCGAAGCGUUACUUUUUGUAUAUCAAUUUCUUCUAAUCUAAGACUUGCACAAUGUGCAAUCUCUUUGAAA